ACAAGUGUAAGGUCCAGAACUGACUUCCAUGGCUCUCUCAAACCUUCCAAGACCCAUCUCCAACAUUCUUUCCCUGUUGUCAUCUGUAAUUCUAUUGUCCUAUAAAUUCACAAUCAUCAUAACCCUUCUAGUCAUCCUCAGAAGUCUUUAGCAACAAGAAGAAGCAAAAGCUCACUCUAAAUACUGCAACACUCUUUCUGUCUCUCUGAUAUCCUUCUUUCAUUUGUGUUUGUAUUAUAUAAAUCGAUAAUCGAUAUGGCUACCUCUUCCUUGUUAUCUGCUUCAUCCCCAUUGCUAAUGAACAAAGUUUGGCCUUCAAGUAAAGCAAACACCAUUAACGCUCCUAGCUUGGUAACCUUUCCUUCAAGGUCACGUCGGCUGCCAGUGGUGAAAGCAAAGGCUGCUCAUGAAGAGGGCAAUAAGGAUUCAUCUUCUGUGGAUGUUCAGGUUAGUCAGCAAGGUAACCAAGGCACAGCUGUGGAGAGGAAGCCUAGGAGGCAGCUCGCAACUGAUAUUUCACCUUUUGGAUUAUUGGACCCACUUUCCCCCAUGAGAACCAUGAGGCAAAUGCUGGACACCAUAGACAGGCUCUUUGAGGACUCCAUGGCUUUCCCAGGGAGGAGCAGAGGAGUAACAGGGGAGGUUCGAGCUCCAUGGGACAUCAAAGAUGAUGAGCACGAAAUCAAAAUGCGGUUCGACAUGCCUGGUCUGUCCAAGGAAGAUGUCAAGGUGUCUGUGGAAGACGACGUGCUGGUUAUCAAAGGAGAGCACAAGAAGCAAGAAGGUGCGGAUGAUUCUUGGUCGAGCAGGAGUAUCAGCUCCUAUGAUACUCGUCUCCAGCUUCCUGAUAACUGCGAGAAGAACAACAUAAAGGCUGAGCUCAAAGAUGGCGUUCUCUAUAUUUCAAUUCCUAAGACCAAAGUUGAGCGCAAAGUCAUUGACGUUCAAAUUCAGUGAAGGUCCCCUCUCUUUUCGACUUGUACGAGCUUUGGUUUUGCGUGUAAAUUUUGUGCCCUUCAUUUUGCUUUUUUUGUUUUGACUGUAUACGAAAUAGACUAAUAGUAAGUGUAUAAAUAAAAAUACUAUGAGUAAAUUGUUAAAUGUUUUCUUGAGUAA